CUAUUUAAACACAAUCCUGAGAUCAACUGGCAGACAGGGAUUGUCACACUGUUAUGUUGCCCUCAGGAGUGUGAUGGCUUGGGUAAGCCGGGUCACGUCCGUCAAACUGAGCUUGACAAAAGAAUAAAUGUUGGUCACGUUUAUGCCAAACUCAGAUCUUUGGAUAAUAUUGAUGAUGACAAUGAUGGGGUAAAACCCGAGGAAGAGAUUAAGAGGCUGGUACCUCCAGAGUACCAUGACUUCUGGAAAGUCUUUUCAAAACACAAAUCAGAACGCUUCCCAGAGGCUAAACCUUGGGACCAUGCUAUAGAUUUGAAGGACACGUUCAAACCUAGAAAGGGACACAUUUGUCAAAUCCAAGAAAUGUAA